CUCCUCGGCGUUACCGAAGGACCUUUAAACAGUCAAGAUCGACUCACAGGAAACGACUAAACUUCGCUUCACAAAACAACGAUUUCCACAAGUCACCACAACGGGAGACUUAAAAUACGUUUGAAGAUGCCCCUGAACAACGAGUGUCCGUCCUCCACCUCCAGCGGUGAUGAGCAGGGCAGCGACGGCGAGUCGUCAUUGUCGUCAUCGAGGCGCUGCGACAGCACCGCGUCGGCCAGUGACACCGACUGCUCGCGUGAGAGCUUCACCAGCGAUGGCUCCAGCAAACACUGCACGCCCUCCUCAAGCCCUCCCAAAACACUCAGUCUGGACGAGAUCAUGGACUCGGCCAGAGGCAUCUCCAACCUCAACUUGUUCCACGAGAUAGUAGUCAAUCGCGACUUCCACCUGGAGCCGCAUAGCCUGCCCGAGGACAGUUUGUGGAAGGUAGUAAGCGAUAAUGUCCACAAGGCAUUCUGGGACAUCCUGGAGUCCGAGCUAAACGAUGAUCCACCCGAGUACCAGCAAGCCAUUCAUCUGCUGGACGAAAUCCGAGAGAUUUUGUUGUCAUUCCUCAAUCCGGGCGCCAACCGCAUGCGGACGCAGAUCCUGGAGGUGCUGGACAUGGAUCUGAUCAGGCAGCAGGUGGACAAUGACGCCGUUGACGUCGCAGGCCUCGCCGCGUACAUCAUCGACGUCAUGGGAAAGAUGUGCGCUCCCGUCCGUGAUGAGGAGAUUAAGAAACUGAGGGAGAGCACGGGAAGCACUGUGAUGCUCUUCAGGGAGAUCUUCCACGUGCUAGAGUUGAUGAAGAUCGACUUUGUGAACCUCACCAUCGACAGCCUGCGACCUGUCAUGCAAAAGCAGAGCGUGGAGUACGAAAGAGCGACGUUCCAGAGCAUUCUGGACAAGACGCCCGAUGCUUUGAACAACACCACCGCGUGGAUCAAAAUGACUUUUGAGGAGCUUCUGUCCACAAUGCCAAGCAAUCAGGAGAAAGGACAACUGUGUCUACCUGGACCUUUCCAAGUACUCAAUGCGGCCUUUUUACACAUCCUUCUGUGGGACUACACUAAGCACCCGCUACCAGAGACGUGGAUGACGGACGAAGGGCGUCUACGGGAGGUGCAGGUUCAACUGAGGCAGUGGCAAGCGGUCAACGAGGUUCUGCUCAUUGUCCAGAGCACGGUUGGCGGGCCCGUGCAGGGUGUGGCGGCCUUGUCGGAGCGCCUCAAGAGGAUGACCGCUGUACUGCUCGACCACAUGCACAAUCCGACUUUCAACCUGCAGGAGGCACUGGUGGGUGUCAGCGCUCAGAUUUGCAGUGAGCUGAACAAGUCCCUGGCAGAGAGGAGCUACCCGACGCUGACCCCCUCACUGCAGGCCACCCUCACGGGACAAAUCUGCAGCAUCGCCCACCAGGACAACCCCAUUCGCACUCUCGUCGAGGACCGCGUACAGCACUACUUCAUGACGCUCAUCUGCGAUCGCAAACCGGAAAACAGACUGGAACAAACGCCCGCCGGCCUUAGCGCCAUACGCUUAGAGUUAGCGUCUUUGGCUGCAAAGUUCCUCUCAUUGGUCAACUACAACAGGGCCGUGUACGGACCUUUCUACGCCGACAUCAUCAGGAAGCUGAUGUUCAGCAAUACCUCACCUUCGCCGUUGCCUGAUUCCACUCCUCAGGAUUCACUCACCUCUGAAUGAACCAAUGAGACUAACACCAGAGGAACAAACUGAUCUUGCAGUGAAGUGUUUCAUAUAGGGGUCUUUUCCAAACAUUACUCAGUUAAGGCACAUAUUUUCCUUUAAGCAAAUCUCACUAAACUGUCAGGAUAAUGGGCCUGUUUAGUUCUAGAAAAGUUAAUAGUAAUAUGUUAUAUGGCACGGUACAUAUACAGUGGUAUGAAAAAGUAUCUGAACCUUUUGGAAUUCCUCACAUUUCUGCAUAAAAUCAAAAUUAUAUGUGAUCUGAUCUUUGUCAAAAUCACACAGAUAAAAAUACAGUGUCUGCUUUAACUAAAACCGCCCAAACAUUUAUAGGUUUUCAAAUUCUAAUGACGAUAGCAUGCAAACAAUGACAGAAUGGGGGAAAAACAAGUAAGCGAACCCUCUGCCUAAGGAGACUUAAAGAGUAAUUUAAUCCUUUUUUUAACCACAAACCAGGUGUGUGCCCAGUCACUGAUGAGUUGUUUAAAGCUGCCCUGCCCACUAUAAAACACCCACCUGGUAAGAAAUGUCUUGAUGAGAAGCAAUGUCUGAUGUGCAUCAUGGCUUGGUCAAAAGAAAUGUCUGAAGACCUGCGAUCAAGGAUUAUUGAUUUUUAUAAAGCUGGGAAAUGAUACAAAAUCAUCUCUAAAAGUCUGGAUGUUCAUCAUCAUGUUGUCUACAAAUGGAGAGAGUGCCACUUUUGCUUCUCUCCUAUGGAGUGGCCGUCCACCAAAGAUGAUGCCAAGAGUUCAGCGCAGAAUACUCAGAGAGGUAAAAAAAGAACCCAAGAGUGUCUGUGAGACUUACAGAAAUCACUGGCACAGUCCAAUAUCUCUGUGCACGCAUCAACUAUAUGUAAAACUACGACCUAGAAUGGUGAUCAUGGGAGGACUCCAGGGAGGAAGCCACUGUCUAAAAAAAAAAAAAAAACAUUGCUGCUUGUUUCAUGUUCGCAAAAAGGCACUUGGACACUCCACAGAGGUUUGGGCAAAAUAUUUUGUGGACUGAUGAAACCAAAGUUGAAUUGUUUAGGAGUAACACACAACAUCAUUUGUGGAGAAAAAAUGGAACAGCUCAAUAUCUACACCUCAUUCCCACCGUGAAGCAUGGUGGAGGUAGUGUCAUGAUUUGGGGCUGUUUUUCUGCCUCAGGGCCUGGACAACUUGCAAUCAUUAAUGGUAGAAUGAAUUAAAUCAGAGGACGAAUGCGGCAACAAGACAAUCAUCCAAAACACAGAAGUAAAUCAACUCCAAAAUGGUUUCAGAAGAACAAAAUACACAGUCUGGAGUGGCAAAGUUAAAGCCCAGACUUGAACCCCAUUGAGAUGCUGUGGCAUGACAUAAAGACAGCAAUUCAUGCCAGACAUUCCAGGAAUCUGAAGUACAGCAGGUAUGUAGAUAAGAAUGGGCCAAGAUUAGUCCUGAUCGAUGUGCCAGACUGAUCUGCAGCUACAGGAAGCGUCUGAUCUAAGUUAUUGCUGCCAAAGGGGGGGGGGGGGGGCACAAUCUUAAAUGUGAUGGUUCACUUAUUUUCCCCCUUCUGUCAUUGUUUGCAUACUAUCAUUAAAAUAUGAAAACCUAUAGAUGUUUGGUUGAUUUUAGUGAGCGCAAACACUUUUUUUUUUUCAUCUGUGUGAUUUUGACAAAGAUCAGAUCACAUUUGAUGGUGAUUUUAUGCAGAAAUGUGAGGAAUUCCAAAACGUUCAGAUACUUUUUCAUACCGCUGUCCAUGUUUUUUUUUCAUACCUUCUGCUAUUUAGUAAAACAUUAUUUCAUUGUGAUGCCAUACAUUGAUAAACAGUAAUACAUUAUUUGUAUUGAACUUGAAAAAAGUGGUUGGGAAUCACUGGUGUAAGAUACUUUUGGCAUUGUGUCGUGAUCCUUACAUGCAAAUGUUUUGACUUGAUUGAUUCUAUGACUGUUUAAAGGUUUGUUAUAACUCAUGAUACAGUAUAAAGCUCGUAGCUCCUUAAAGGAGCAAUUAAACACAUUAGGGAUAUUUUCUGUAUAUUUGUCCACUACACGAGUGUUUUUUAUGUCAUUUUUGCUUGUGUAACAACGCAUUCUUUAUUCUGUUUAAUGUGAUUGCUGAUGUUUUUGUUACAUGGCUCUGUACUGUAGUUUGUUACCAUAUUCCUGCAUAUGCUUGAUAGAACCCGUGUGGAAAUACACAUAUAAAAAAAAGGUGCUGAGCUCCCGAGGGAUUCUGCGUCUAGUACGGAUUCAAAGAUGCACAGAACACAAAAGCAAUUAUUUACUUAACUGAAGUUUACAUUAAAAUGUAUUGCUUUCCUCCAUACUAAAGUUCAUAUA